AUGGAGGCAAUCAGUUUAGAAUCGAGUGAUAUAUCAUGCUUCUCCGACUUCACAAUCCUCACCACAACCUACAAAACCGUACACGGGCAGCAAAUCACAACGGAUAUUCUUUACCCUAAGACUUUAUCGCCACCAUCGGAGAAGGUACAGAACACCGUCAAUUGUCCCGUCCUUUUGCGAUAUCAUGGUGGUGGUCUCAUCUCCGGCUAUAGUCUUUUCCCACCUUUCUUUAACCCCUGGUAUCUGGAGCUCUCGAAGGAGUACUCCGCCAUCAUUGUCUCUCCAAAUUAUCGACUACUCCCAGAGGCCACAAUCUUUGAUAUAAUGGAAGAUGUCGAAGAUCAUUGGAACUGGAUGCACAAAUCCCUUCCACAGUUCCUAAACGAGCACACCCAAGGAAGCAUCCAGCCAGACCUGAACCGCAUCCUCACGGCAGGGGAUAGCGCCGGAGGUUACCUUAGCAUUCAAAUGGGACUGAGCCAUCCUGAACAGAUCCGGGCCGUCAAUGCAGUCUACCCUCUAGUCGAUGUCAAAUCCCCUCAUUUUACCGACCAGACGGAAAAGGCCGUGUUUUCGAUGCCUGCAACACCGCGAGACACCCUAGCGCGUCAUAUUAAGCAAAUCCAUGAACAAGAAGAAGCCACUAGUAAGAAGGUUGUCGUUUCGGCACCUACAGAUGCGAAGAGAACGCAAUUGAUGUUUUCGGUCUGUCAGCAUGGGCUUUUUGGGCAGUUCUUUCCGGGUGAUGCUAUUGAACUUUAUCCUCUUGAGAGACUUGAUGCAGGUGCUAGGUUCCCAAGAGGAGGAGUUCUGGUGCUUCACGGACGCAAUGACUCUGUUGUUCCUGUUGAGGGGAGCUAUAUACUGAGGGAUAAGAUUGAGGAGGUUGAUUGUAACUUGCGGUUCCAGCUUGUUGUUAGGGAUGGCGAGCAUGGCUUUGAUCAUCCGGCUAAAUUGCACGAUGCCUGGUUGUGGGAGGCUGCUCAGGGUGUUAUUCAUUCCUGGCUUGCGUAG